GCGCAAUCUUCAUCGAAGUCUUUUCAUUUAAAAUUAGAAGCAGUUUUGGAAGUCUGUCCGAUUGAUAGUUCUUCUCAAGCUUCUUUUGGUGACCUAUAACGGCUUCACCAUUUCAGCAAGGCCGCAGAAAGUAAGAAGGCGGGUCACAGAAACUGGUCGUGGCCUGGCCGCGGCAGGCCUCAUCAUUCUUUCAUUUGACGUUCCCUGGAGUGGUGCAGACGAAGUUAGCUGACACUAGCUUUCCCUCAGAAACAGGAUAUCAAGGGCCAAUUAAAAUAAUCAAUCAUGAAGUUUAUAGUCGGAAAAGAUACAGUUGUUGAAACCAUCGCAGAUGACAUGAAACCAAUAGAUAUUAUCAACGCAAAGGUCAAUUCGAUUGGCAGAGAGGACAAAGAUGAUGCUUUCUUCAUCGGUGACCUCGGUGAUAUCAUCAAUAAGAUCAAGAAAUUCAAGCAACACCUACCCAAUGUUGAGCCAUUCUAUGCUGUGAAAUGCAACAAUGAGCCUGCUGUGCUAAACCUUCUUAGUAACAAUGGGCUUGGAUUUGACUGUGCAAGUAAAGUUGAGAUCCAGACAAUGUUGAACCUUGGCGUAUCACCAGAUCGCAUCAUUUUUGCCAACCCCUGUAAGCAGACAUCACACAUCAAGUAUGCAGCAUCAAACAAUGUCAGCAUGAUGACUUUUGAUAAUGAGCAAGAACUACAUAAGAUCAAAGCAAACUUCCCGCAUGCUCAGCUUGUUAUACGGAUUCAAGUAGAUGAUUCAAAAUCUCUUUGCCAAUUGGGUGUCAAGUUUGGUGUUCCACAAGGGAAGACAAGACCUCUCUUGGAGGCUGCUAAAAGACUCCAGCUGAAUGUUAUUGGUGUCAGUUUUCACGUUGGUAGUGGCUGUUAUGACUCAGAAGCUUUUUACUAUGCUGUUAAGGCUGCAAGAAAUGUGUUCAAUGAGGGGGAAUCACUUGGUUUCAAUUUCACAUUGUUGGAUAUUGGAGGUGGCUUCCCUGGUGACAAUGCUGCUGCGAUUUCAUUCGAAGAGUCUGCUGACCAGCUGAACCGUGCUUUUGCCAAAUAUUUCCCAGCCAACUGCGGAGUAAGAAUCAUUGCUGAGCCAGGAAGGUUUUAUGUCUCCUCUGCCUACACCAUUGUCUGCAAUAUAACAUCGGUUAGGUCCAUCACUGGUGAAAAUUCAUCCGAAAAGAGUAACCAGAAGGAGGGUUUCAUGUACUAUGUUAAUGACGGUGUCUACGGGUCUUUCAACUGUAUUCUUUUUGACCACAAUUCUCCUGUUCCAGAGCCUCUUGAACCUUCUGAGGGAAGAAAACUGUUCCCAUCAAGUAUAUGGGGACCAACCUGCGAUUCAAUGGAUUGUAUUAACAAGCGCACAAUGCUUCCAGAAAUGGAAGUCGGUGACUGGAUAUACUUUGUCAACAUGGGUGCUUACACCUUAUCUGCUGCUUCCACCUUUAAUGGAUUCAUGAAGCCUCGUGUUCAUUACGUUGUUGGUGAAAUGCAUAGCCCAGUACUUCGUCAGUACUAUCGGCCGUUGAAAGAAAACCGAGGGCACGAAUGCUUCAUUUUGGAGGAUAAACACAAGCUUGAUCACGUAAUUAAGUCAACAGAAAACAUUUUUCUCAUUUAAACAAACUGAACUGUGAGUGCGUGCCUAAAUUUUCUCUAUUUAUGAUAAUCUUUUAAAAUCCCUUGUGGUUUGGUUUAAUUGAGAUGGCGAUUGCUCAAGAGAAAAAAACGGAUGCUAUCAAAAUGACAUUGACGAUAAAAACAACCUCAAGAUAGAUAAUAAAGGCCCAAAUAGGCAAACGAUAUUUUUCGCUGAACGAUCCUAUUUGCCUUCUCUUGUACUGCAAAACGAAUCACUGUUUCAAUAAUACCUUCUCUCGACAUAGGGAUUUCAUUGUCUUUUCUUCACAUAGAUUAUUAUCUGAUAACUGAGCAAGUGCUAUCGCUACUCAAUCAGCCAAGCUUUGGAAUGCUCCUAUUCUUGUCCUUCAACUUUAAAGCCAUCCUAAGUUUCAACAUCCAGUAAGACUUUCAUUUCGCAAGGUUUGGCAGUUAGCUUAUGAUUCUUGGUGAUGAUACUUUGCUAACUGGUAGCCGUGUAAUUGUUGUGCUUGUAUUUGCAUAUCCUAUAUUUUGGAUCAAUAGUGUCGUUAUAAAAUGUGCCUGAAGAUUCAGCCACGA